GAUACAAAGGAGGAGGUCUCAGAGAAACCAAAGCCUGCUCCGACUGCAGAGAAAUAUGGCUGGAUUAAGAAAAGCAGCGGAGGGCUCCUGGGAUUGUGGAAGGAUCGUUACAUCCAGCUACGGAAAACACAGCUCGUGGUCUUUGAGGAUGAGGAUGAACAGAAGUGCAUAGAAACAGUGGAACUGGAGAGUUAUGACAAGUGCCAGGAACUGCGUGCGCUACUAAAGAAGAAAAACCGUUUCAUUUUAAUCCGCUCCCCGGGUAAGAAGGUUCAUGAUAUCAAAUUUCAAGCUCCAACUUUGGAAGAAAAGGAAUCGUGGAUAAAAGCUCUUAAUGAAGGGAUCAAUAGAGGCAAAAACAAAGUAUUUGAUGAGGUGAAAGUAGAUGAGAGCCUUUCCUUGGAUCAUGUAACUCGGGACAGAGUGAAAAUGACCCACGGGCGCAGGCCACCCACGAGAAGUCACCUCAAGGAGGCUGCCAAGUCUACAUCAGAUGGUAUCCUGCGACUAGAUCUGGAUAUGGUAGACAACGGACCACCAACCUUUGAUUCCAGCAUCAGUGAAAGUGACAAUGAGCCACCUCAGAAAGAAACUCCAAAGCCACCUAUGCCACCUACAAAACCCACUGGCACAAAAGAAGACCAAGAUGCAGAGAACAACGUUCCUGAGCAGGAACAUAAAAAACCUCUGUCUCCUCCAUUGCCUCCAGAUAAGAAGCUCAAGGAAGGCUUAGCAUCGAAGGACAAUGUCAGUGCGAAGGAAGAGGACUCUGUAAGCCCAGAAGAGAACAUGGAGGAAUCUCAAGCACAAAGUGAGGAGAACAGAGAGAACCUUGAGGUCAGCAACAAGGGCAUACCAAAAACUCUAAUUCCUCUUCCUAAGAGCGUGCCAGACAAGCUAAAAGUCUCUUGGGACCAACCAGCCUCUGAGACUAAAACCACAGAAGACUUGAAACCAUCAGGAGACAGUAGCAAAGACAACCUUGCUGAGAUUGCCGCUGCAGAUGUUACAAAGCCUCCUGUUCCUCCUAAGGUUCUGUCAGAAAAAAUGCUUGCCACGAUGAACUCCAGCCAUGGUGACCUGGAAGCUGGGGACCGGGAAGACCUGGAGUCUGGCAGCUCCAAGCCCCCAAUAAAUGGGAUCACAGCAGGCGAGGUAGCAGAGUCCAUGUCCCCAGCCCUUGAAACUGAAGAAGGAAAUGGCGGAACCCCUGCUGAGGAGGAACAGCAAAGUUCAGCAGAAGAGACACAGACUUCCUUAGCUACAGAAGCAGGCCAUGAGAGCGUAAAAGCAACUGUUGAGAAGAAAGCAUCUGUAGAAAGCACUUCAGUUCUCAAACUUCGCAGUUCUUCUCUGGGAGACUUGCUGUCUGAUUCCAAAAAUACACAGAAAGCACUUCCAAGCCAGGGUUUCCCCAAGAAUUCCCUUCACUGCUUGGCUAAAAUGGAGGAGAAAGUUGCUAAUGAAAGGGAAAAGGCAGAAAAACUUCUGCAGAAGGUUUUACGUGAAGGGUUGGAACAGGCCCAGGAGGGGAAUGGACCCCCAGUGAUGGCAGAGACAUUGCUCAAUGAGGCAGUAGAACAACUACGGCAAGCUACACAAGUUUUGCAAGAAAUUAAAGGUCUUGGAGAACUGAAAAAAGAAGCGACACAGAAACAGAAAGAAAAGCAAAAGGAUCUAGUGACUCUUUAUAGGAGAAGCGCUCCCUGA